AUGACGUCGGCCGCGAAGAAGAAGAGCGGCGUAAAGGUUCAGUUCGACGCUGAAGGCACUGCUGGCGCUCCGAACGUUCAGAGCCCGUUUGUGUCCGCUGCUCACAACACGGUGUGGCCGUACGAUGCCGCGGCGCACAACCGCGGCGGGCAGACCAUCUUCACGGCCGCAGCCAACGCGAUCUGUGGACGCCCAAACGGCACCUACGAUUGCGAUGAGGCAUGGACGGCGGAGCGUGGAUCGCACGCUAGCUUGCAGACGACAGAGGCUCCUGUUGAGGCUGGCCUGUCUACAGGCAGCGCCCCCGUCGUUUCCCACCGCUUCACGCCCGCGCACGAUGUACUGUACGAGGAAUGGCUCGGCCACAUCGCGGCCUACCGCGCGUCUCCGCUGCAGUACCCUCAUCAUGUCGUUUGCAUGACUGCUCCGGAAGUUGGGUCAAACGCGUUCUCCAUCUCCGACGCGAGCCCGCGGCAGGCCUUCUUGCGAGUGGCGACUGUUCUGUAUCAACUGCUGGCGACGUACCUGCGCCGCUGCAACAAGCAGCCGGGAGCUUCAGAGCACGAGGCGGACGGGCAAGUGCCGUCGCGCGUGUUUGCCAGUCUGCUAGGCAGUGCCGUAUAUAACACAAACUUCAGCGAGCCGCCCCUGGAGCAGAAGGACACAACAUUUGGCUGGGUGGAGCCGACAGGGCAGGAAAUGAGCGACACACCAGAGUCAGUAGUCGCGCGAAACGGCGUCGCUGCCACUGGGUCUGCAUCCGUCAAUACAGUGGCAGACCAAAUGGUGAGAAUGCGGGCACGCCAGCCACCCGCACCGCCUCGCCGGUACGACGCCCUUUCUGUUGUCUCCUGCGUAGACGCAGCCCACGUCAACGUCUGCGUCGGUCAGCACUUCUACAAGCUGUGUGUCAUGGACAAGCGGGAAGGGUGUUUGCGCAGUGUUGCAUCGCUGGCGGCAGACCUCGAGACGCUGCACGCGCACCACCUCUCCCUUGCCCACACGGACGUGCUUCUUGGCGCAUCCCCUGCGACGCGGCAGGACCAGAAAGACUUGAACACGAUGUUUGCCAAUCUGUCGUGCUUGGCCGACGAGAUCGCCUUUGACGUGCGCAGGCGUCUGCGCAUGUCAAGCGAGGUGAACGCCUACUCGCUGAAUGUGUUGGAGUCGGGACUGUGCACACUCGUUUUGAGGGAGGACGAUACGAUAUCGGUGUCCGAGUCUCCUGACAGUCACGUGGCACCGGCUGCGCAGUGGUUGCACAGCGUGUGCUGCCUGGAAACGACCCUGGCGCAUCCAGAGCAAUGGACAAUGAGGCUGCAAGCGUUGGUGGUGCCGUUACAGGCCGGCAUGGAAUGGGUGCGAAGCGCGCUGACGCAGCCCUUAGACAGAGUCUUCACGGAGGACGUCGCCAACGAACCCGUCCCUCACGACACCUGCGUUGCGGCAGGAGGCGUCGCGGACCAAGGCGCGACACUCCGCAAGGUGAAUCCCGCGACACACGAGCUCAGCACGCCGGUUGACGCGUGUGGCAACGUGGAGCACUUGGAGUUGUGGCUUCCUCAAAAGCACCGUGUGCCGUUGAAACCGUACGCGGCACCGGUGUGGAGCCACGCAGACGCGCAGCAUCCGCUUCCUGAUGUCUCCAGGUGCGCGUGCACUCUGGUGGACUUUUGCAUGUGUCUUCUGAGCGUCACGGCGGAGUGGAAGCGCGAUGGCCGCCUCCCUGCCAGCUCUGAAGCCACGCGUUGGCGGCCGAACGUCGUGAUAGCAGUGCAGCCGCCAUGUGGCGGAGCGCCGUCUUUGGUGGCGCUGGACUUGCCGGCGGUACAGCACCUUUACGAGGUGCUUGCAUCCCCACCGCUGCUCUUCGCGGUCGACACCCGGCGCCGUGUCGAGGCGGAGGCGAGGGCAGAAGUGGAGGCUCUCUUGAAUAGAAGCUGGCACACCACUUCUACGGUGCGCACACCACCUAAGGAUGGGUCCGCGCCGAGCAAGUGGUUUGAUGGGGCCGAGACGGCAGCCAAUGGAUUACUUAGCCGCGGGGACGUCUGUGUCUCGUUUGCCGUUCUGCCGCGCCUGGCCGCGCCGUUGUCGGAUGUCACGACGCGCGCACCCGUCGUGUCGCGGCUUCUCUCUCACUUGGUCUUUCCCAGCAGCCUUCUCGUGAACUGCACAGCGCAGCAGACAGCGGCAGAGGUGCAUGUUCGUGCCAGCCAUUCAGCCCUUGUCGAUGUCGUCGUGGGGGCGGACACGCCAGCGGCUGCGCCGCUUGUGGGGGAGUUUGCCGCUACCCUGGCCUCCUGUAUGCGGGAUGGCCGCUAG